AAGCCAAAACAUUCCGAGCACAAGAACAACAAUAUCGACACUGUACAUAGAGUAUUAUGAUUGUAUAAAUUCUUCAACAGAUCAGAGAGUGGAUUAAUUUGUUUUUUAAAAACCUGUACAACAUCAACAUCACUUUCUUCUACAUAUUGAUAAUAAUUAUAAUGGAUAAAUUAUUUAAAUUAACAAAUGAUGAGUUGGAUAGUAUUAAUCUAGUACAAUAUAAAAAGAAACUUUAUCAAUUCUUUAAUGUCCAACAAAAUCCUCAUGAAAAAUCAGCAAUUGCUCUCCAUAUUGAAAGUGUAAUAUUACCAACCACACAAAAUGUAUUAAAUUAUCCUCCUAAACAUAUUGGAGAAAUUAUAACAGAAACACAAUUGAUAGAUCUGUGGAAGAGAAGAUUAUUAUGUUAUUUGUAUUUGUUUUAUGUGGAUAACAUUCAUCCAUUACUGUUUCAGAUUGUUCAUCAUUUGAAUUUCUCUAUGAAUUAUUCUUCAUCAAUGAGUUUGCAACAGAUAAUUUGGAGUGGAGCCCAACAUUUUCCUCCAGAAAGAAGAAAUUGCAUUCUUAUUGAACUUAAUUUACUAUUGAGAUUAGUUUCCCUUUCAUUUAAUAUCUCCUCCUCUUCUGAAUAUAUAGCUCUCCAUGAAAUUUCUGAAUAUGUUUCAGAAAUUAAUCUAAAUAAUCCUGAUAUACAAUGGUUGAAAAAAGCGACUCUAAAUUCACUUUUCUCAAGAGAAAAUAGUGAUGAAGUGUAUCUUUUCCAACAAAUUCAAUUCUUGGCAACAUCAACCCUUUUAGCCAAAGUUAAUGAAUUGAGAUUACAACAUGAUUUAUUUUCUCUGAAAGGGACAAAAAAUCAUGGAUUAUUCCCAAAGUUGCUUAAUGAUAAGCAAUUUCCAUCUCCUAGCAAGCCAACCUAUUUCAAUUCACCUCCCUUAUCUAAUUCAUUAGUUGGAUUUGAAGAAUCUUUAAAUAAUACUAUCACCAUAUCUCCACUUUCAAAGUUCGAGGCGAAAUUUUAUCGACCAACCCCACCACUUUUAGAAUUUAAUCCUGAUUACGAAUUUUUAUGGAUUAAUGAUGUCAAUACAUAUUCCACCACUAGUUUCACUAAUGAAAUGAAACAAAACACUGCAGAAUUUAAAUUAGAUCCUAAAUUAGAUAUUGAUAAUACUCAUCUAUUCUGUCUGUAUGAGCUAAACUCUACUAAUAAGGGAGGGUUUAUGAGCUCAAAUCACCAACGAAGUCAGCAACAAUCAUCAGUAAGCUCUUCCGAAACCUCUAAUUCCUCACAAUCUAGUAAUGAUGGUUUAGUACUAAUGAAGCGAGGAAAGACUACUCAAGAAAACGAAAUGAACGAGCUGUUUUCCAAGGCUUUCAAACAACAGCUUCAACCAGUGCAGAUCAAGUACUUGCUGCAAAACUUUGAUAAGCUUACCAUGUUAACAGAUUUACUGACUCCAAAUAGACUUACAGAUUUGGUAAAAAACAAUAGAGAAGUUGCAAGCAAAUGUCUUCAAGUAUUGAUACAUUCGAAUAAUAAGCGUUUGGAUGAAUAUCUUUCUGUUCUAGUAUCUAUUCCAGUAUCUCUACAAUUAUUGGAAGCUGUAAAUAAUCUGCUAAAUAAGACAGACAAAAUUACUACAGGGAUUUUCACCAAAAAUUUAGAAGAUUCCAACAGCUCUUCAUAUUUACACAUUCUUCUAAGGAAUUGUAUCACACACUGUAAUCAAUCCAUGCAAGAUCCUCCAUCUCAAACAAGAAAAGUAAGAUUAAUUUGUGUUUUCGUUCAAAGGCUUAUAAGAGAAGAAAUUCUAGUUGUAAACCAUGACGAUUUCAUAUUUAUGGAACUUCAAAGUUUCUGUAUCGAGUUUAUGAAAAUUAAGGAAGCAGCAGAUCUCUUCCAAUUACUGAAAGAAAAGAUCUAAUAAAAAUUUUCAGAACAACCU